AUGUGUGCCAAGGCGGUGCAGGGUCAGGGGCACGGGGGUCGGGGUCAUGCACACCAGAGCGGGGACAUCCAGGCGCACCUCCAGGCGAUGUUCCGUCUCCUCCGCCCCGCGGACACGCUCAAGAUGGCCGUCAAGCUCGAGAGCGCCCACGAGGGGAGGACGAGGUACCUGGUGGUGGUGUGCGCGGGACCGGCGUCGCCGGGGCACGAGGAGGCCUCGCUACUCGGGGUGGACUGCAACGACUCGACCUCCUGCGGGCUCGUCCUUCCCAUCCUCGCGGACACCUCUAUCACGCUCGACGGAGACGGGUCUGUGCUUCCUUAUCUUAUCGCUCCCGGACCAUUUGUUAAUGUGCGGCGGCGUUGUAGGUCGGCGCUGCAGACCCUGCACAAGGCGUGCCGCCAGGCGCAGGAGAAGAACCACUUCGUCGGGGGGCCGACCCAUGCCUGGGUGAGUCACUACGCGGAGUCCAUCGGGUCGGACCAGAGCUGCAUCAACGAGUGGAAUGCCAUGGCCGACUUGGAGUCGAGGAGACCGCCUUCGCCGGACUCGCUCCGUUGCAAGCCUGGAGAACGAGAAGGAACUGAAAAAGUGAUAAAAGCUCGACUCAAGGAAAUCAUGAUGUCGGUGGAUCUGGACGAGGUGACGAGCAAGUACAUCCGGGGUCGGCUGGAGGAGACGCUGAACAUGGAUCUGGAGGAGUUCAAGUCCUUCAUCGACCAGGAGAUGAUCACCAUCUUGGGGCAGAUGGAUGCUGCCACGCGGAUCUUCGACUAUCUCUACCUGGGCUCCGAGUGGAAUGCGUCCAACCUGGAGGAACUUCACUCCAACGGGAUCAAGCGCAUCAUGAACGUGACCCGAGAGAUCGACAACUUCUUCCCCGGCAUGUUCACCUACAUCAACAUCCGGGUUUACGACAACGAGGCCACGGACCUACUCAAGCACUGGGAUAAGACCUAUAAAGUCUUUGUUGACGUUUGCACAUCAUCCAUCGAUAGGGAAUCGGGGGAACGGGUGCUGGUCCACUGCAAGAUGGGAGUGAGCCGGUCGGCCUCUGUCGUGAUCGCCUAUGUCAUGAAGGCCUAUGAAUGGUCUCUGCAGCAAGCCUUAGACCAUGUGAAAAGGAAAAGAUCUUGUGUGCAUCCAAAUGAUGAGUUCAUGAAGCAACUGGAAAUGUAUGAGGGGAUCCUGGAUGCAAGCAAGCAUCGAAACAGCAUUCUCUUCAGGAGCAAGUCAGAGACGUCCAUCAAGACCGAAGUGGAGAGUGCCAAUCUGGAGCGAGAACGAACGGAGGAGCAAAGAUCGGAGGCUUCUUAUCGGGAAUCCUGGAGGCAGCGAAGGGCCAAAAAGAGGCGCAAUGGUGGAGGAUGGCAAAUCGGCGAGGACAAAGAGAACAAGGGCAUGGACGUGUGGGACUCUUCUCAAUCCAUGCACUUCCUCUGUACAACGACGACAACCACGACGUUGAGUCGUACCUACACCAGGCCAAAGUCGUGGUCUCCUGACGAUGCUCAAUCGCGUGCCAUUCAAGCUCAAGUUUCUGGUGGAGAAAAGCAGGAGGUUGGACGCCAGAGGCCUCGCUCGUACACGGGAGGUAGCAUGGAGUUCCACCUGGAUUCCUCAAAAGUGAACAUCCUUCUCCCUUGCAGCAAUGGCCAAUCCUACAGUGUCUCGCAGAACAAGGCUCUUAAUCUCCACAUCCCGCUUACACCUGUCGAAUGCAUCAACCCGGUGUUCCUGGGUGAUGGUCCCCAGCAAUCACAGAUCAUGAGAUCUUCGUCGGUCAAGGAUCGCAUCUCGGAACUGGAGUCGCAGUUCUCCAAGACGACGUCCACGUCUUCUCGGGAAGUGCAGGCCACGCGAGACGUCCCCGAUCGCACCGGACUGGUCUUGAAUCUUGCCACCCAGUUUGAGAGCGGGUCCAGGCAGAACUCCCCCGUUGAAGAGCUCCAUGGAUCCUUGAAUGCUCUGGACAUUGCAUCCUCCAUCCAGCUGGAUAUCCCGGUGCAGAGGCGUAGACCGGCUUCUCUCGCGGUCAUCAACAUCGGGGAACGGGCGACGGAGUCUUCGACGGAUGAAGACGGAGCCGUUUUGCACUACACGAAGGAAGCCAUCCCGUGGACCCCGGGAACUGUUAGGCGACAGACUCAAGACUUUGAGGAGAAGGUCAAGCAGAUCCAAACAUUGCGCAAGACAUCCAAAGAGGUCGUCGUCACGACGUACCGUGCCGAUGUGGUUCUGACACAAAAUCCACCUCCCCCGAGGAAAGACUCAACCGAUCUGGUUGCCCUGCUGGACAGAAAAGAAGAUCAGACUAUCAUCCCCAUCUCGAGACAGAGUUCUUUUGGUUCCGUGGACAGUGCCGUGGUGCUACGGCAGAACUCGUGGGGCUCCUGGGACACUCGACCUUUCCCCCCCUCUCGCACGGGUUCCUUCGCAUCUUAUGAUAUUGAUGCGGACCAUCGUCCAAACCCCAAGCACAAAUCGGACGAUUCGGGCAUCGGCCGCGCGUACGAUGGAGAAUCUCUCUCGUCGGAAUGCGAUUCCGUGGUUUCCCUCGUGCCACAACGCAGGAGCGACCCUCCUGUCCCUUCCUCAUGGCCCGACACGAUCUGUGAUUGCGACAGCAACAACAGCAAUGUGAUGCAUUAUGCCAGCACCCCUGCUCUAUACCCCUACCAUUCUGAACCAGGCCUCACCAUCAAGACGGCUGCGUCCAAUCCGAGCAUCUCCUUCUGGCGGGAACCAGACGAUACUGGGAUGAGAUCUUGGGUGGUGGAUGGAUCGGUUACCUCUCUCCCACCCUCUUGUUCCGUGAUGUCCCUCAAGAAGGAAAAUGAGAAGCCGACCCAACCGAGCGUCGGGAAAGUGAAACGCCUCAAGCAGGAGUUAGAAGGGAAGACCGACUCCGGAGACGUUCCGAAGAAGCCCGGCAUCAUCAAGUCUGUGAUCGGCCUGUUCGAGAGAGACGACUCCCGCCUGCGUGCCAGAGGGCAUUCGGUCUCGGAUCCCGGACCGCAGGGGGCGGCCGUUCCCCCCGUGCCGCAACGGAAGUCCAGUCUGGACUCGAAGACCCAGAGGUUCAUCUACACGCACAAUCAGCAGCAGCAGCAGCAGGUCGGACGGAAGCAGCCGGGGACGGCGCGGGAGUGUCGCCCGGCGGGGAAGCCCCCGCCGAGUUCUCGGCACCUGCAGGCAUCCACCCUAUCUGCCUUGAUCUGCCACAAGCCAAAGAGAAUGCAGGGACGAAGUCACCCCCUCACCCAGCUGCAGCGCCAGAAGAAGUGCUCCGUGCCCACUUGAAGAGACGCGUGGACGUGUGACCGAUGUGAACUUUUUCAUACUUUCAUUUUUUUCAUCUAGUCCUCGAUGUACCCACACGCAUACAGACGCGCACACAGCAGAUGGCAACGAUUUUCAGUGCAGCCUUUUGGGAUCGCGGUCGUUUUAGAUCUGGGAUAUUUAUUGAGGCGGAGUUGCGUCUGCCCCCGUCGUGCGUGUGCGUGAGUUUGCCGCGUGGUUUCGUUCGCGGCCCGCUUCCUGCUGUGUUUUAUUCAUGUUUUGUGAUGGUGAAGAAGCUCACUUGGCCAAUAAAAUGCUGUGAACGAUUCA